AUGUCCAAAGGACUUUCUAGCGAAGAGAUCAUGGAAAUUCUAUACAAUUAUGAUGUCAGUGACGAUGAAAAUGAAUGGGACAUUGAUAAUGAACUGAAUGAAUAUAUGGAACCUCUUCACAAAGACCACAUCAUAGCAUCAGAUGAAGCUGAUGAUGAAAUACCAGUAGACACUACACAUUCACGUGAACAAGUAGAAGAAGAAGAAGAAGACACAAGAGCACAGAGAAUUGAAGAAACUAAGUACAAACUACAAGCCGUCAGGGUAGUGUUCGACAAAUUUCAAUCUAACUUGUGCAAGAACUUCUAUCCUUAUGAAUACGUGACUACUGAUGAACGAUUAGCAAUGUCCCGAGGAAAGUGCCCUUUUAGGGUUUAUAUGAAGAGUAAGCCUGGCAAGUAUGGAAUUAAAAUUUGGAUUUGUGCUGAAGUGAAGACAUCUUACUUAUUACGGACCCAAAUUUACACAGGAAUGGUGGACAAUACUCGGGAAGUGAAUCAAGAACAGAGAGUUAUUUUGGAUCUGAUGGAACCAUUUCUGAAUAACGGUCAUGGUGUAACAACUGAUAAUUUUUUGACCAGUUUUCCAUUGGCUGCUGAACUACUAAAACGAAACACGACACUGGUUGGUACCUUGCGUUCCAAUAAGAAAGAUAUUCCGAAGUAA